GUGAUUGAAGCAAACUUUAGUGGAGAGAUGAACUUGAAAAUAGAAACUGACUUAGUAUCUGUAACAACACAUUUUAAAGACCUGGGAAAUCCUCCUUGGGCAUCAGAGGAUGGAUGUCAAAGUUCUGCAGAAGGCAGAGAUGUGGAAAGUAUGGCCGAGGCACGCAUAGACAUCAGGAAGCUGCAGCAGCUGCUUGCUGGGCAGCAGGUCAAUCCUACAAAAGCAUUGUGCAACAUUGUAAGUAACAGAGUUGUCCAUUUCGUCUUGCUCCAUGAGGAUGUUUCUCUUCAGUAUUUUAUUCCAGCACUCGCCUGA